CUCUCUGAGUCCGGGUCUCCCUAUGAGUCUGAGAAGCUUCCUGUUAUUCCUUGUUGACUUUUGUUGUUCUGGUCAAAAUGCUGUGAGGUGGCUAAAGCCCUGAAACUCACAGCCCGCUGGGGAAAUGAGCUGAGGGCCAUUCUCUGUGGCCCCUGCUUCCACCUAGAGGAGGGCACUGGUAGUGCAGGAAACACCACACCCACCACUAGCUAGUCCUCACGACCACCUGUUAUUAUUAACCCCAUUUUACAGGUCAGACAACUGGGGUUCCCAGAGGUCACACAUCCUUCUCAGUGUCAUAGCGAAGUAGAUCUUCACAGUUGGCACCCCCUGAGAAUGUACUUGUAAUUGCUACAGAGCCAUUCUAUUUCUGAAGAGGACUGACAAGUCCGAAAUCCUCUGCGGUCAACCCUCGGGGGAGAAAGUAUUUUACUCCCCUCUCCUUCUGGUAAAAUUGCCUGCCAAAGAUGUGGAGGGCGUGAGACAAGCCUGUGUGUUAAGUUCCUGCUGUACCACUAAUGGGGAGUGAGAUCUAAGUAUUUUUUUUUCCCCUCAGGGAAAAAAAAAAAAAAGCAAGGUGAAAAAUAUGGAGCAUAGCAAACUACUGAGCUGAAAGGAGACAGAGGGGAAUUUGAAUAUGUGCAUUUUCUAGUUAUUACACAAGAUGCUGUAGAAGAAAAAGCCUGGAUUUAAUAUGUGAAACACAAAUGGAAUUGUUUCUGGGUAAACAAGGAAGAACCAUGCUUGCAUGGCCAAGGCUAAGGGCUGCUGGGGAAGGUGCUGCGCCCAAGGACUGGUGGUGUUUCUGGGGCAGGAGGGCUGGGGAGAGGUAGAGCUUCAGCUGUGAAGUGUAGCUGCUACCAGGUGUCAGUUACGGCCGCUGCAGCAAAGUUCCACGAGCUGAUCUAACGGGUUUGACACAGGAAACAGCCCUGCCCGGUGAACUGGACUCAAAUUCAAGAUUGGCUGCUUCAGCACAGCACCCCUGCAGACAAAGCUGGCAGAGUAGAGACUCCAACUCCCAUCCAUGGCAUCCUACAAAAACCUGGCCUCGAAGAUCUUCUGUUUAUGCUGCAAGGACUGUCAGGAACCCCAGGCCACCGACGACUCCAAGGUUCCCAGUCAAACUCAAGGGCAUCAGCCACCAACCAGCAAUUUGCAGCUCCCGAAGGAUGAGCAGGGCAAAAAUCCCAAGCACGCUAACUCCUCUUCCUGCUUGCCUUUGGGGCAACCCCUGAUCCAUCCAGAAAAGAGAGCUUCCUCCAGCAGCAGUGAGUUCGAGGACGUGGAUACACAUGCUCCCCAAAGAGGUUUUUAUAAGAGGAACCUAAACCGCUACUCCCAGGAGCGCUGGCCAUUCCAGCCAUGCCUCAUCGGCAGACCCUGACCAUUCUAGUGGGCAGCCCCCAAGCUGGCCCCUGAGCUAUGCAGCUGCUGGGCAUAUCCACAAGGAAGAGCCGGUGGGCAGGAGUCAUGAAGACGGAUUCACAAACUCCCCUGGAGGAGGAGGAGACGUCUGAGCCACCCCUGUGCACCUGCAGGAGCGCCUCCAGCUCCUGAAACGGCCAGGGCCACAGAGGAGCUGCUUCCCAUUAAAGUCCUUGGUCCAUCAA